AGACGCCCUAUAAAUAUUUGACAGAAGGGGAAAUCAAAUUCUCCCUCCGGAAUUGAACAGAAAUAGAAUCAUCUCUCUGUCUAGGGUUUCAUUCUUUUUCAGCUUUAUUUGUUCUGUAGAUCCAUCUAGCUUCGGUGCUGCAAAUGGACGUCGCAGUCACUGCCGUUCGGUCACCGCUGAUCGUCCUGGGAAGUCCGGUCAACGGGUCCGCCUCAGCUCGGUUGGGUUCCACUUUUGGGUUUUCCAGAAAGCAGCUAUGCUUGAAUUCAGUAUUUAUCCCGAAGCAAGUUCGUAGAAGAGGGUUUGUUGUUAGAGCUGCAUCCUCAUCUCCGGAGUGGGAUGAUGCCAAGAUCGCUCCUCUUCAGCUGGAGUCCCCAAUUGGGCAGUUUCUUUCUCAGAUUUUGAAAGAUCACCCGCAUCUUGUGCCUGCUGCCGUCGACCAGCAACUCCACCAGCUCCAAACUGACCGCGAUGCUCAUCUACAAAACCAACAACAGCCUUCUUCACCCACUGAUUUAGUUUUGUACAGGAGAAUUGCUGAGGUUAAGGCUAAUGAAAGGAGGAAAGCUCUGGAAGAGAUCUUGUAUGCAUUGGUGGUGCAGAAGUUCAUGGAUGCUAAUAUUUCUUUGAUACCCUCUGUAACCCCAGAUCUGUCUGGUAAGGUUGAUUUGUGGCCAAAUGAAGAUGGUAAACUUGAGCAGCUUCACUCAGAUGAAGCAUAUGAGAUGAUUCAAAACCACUUGAGUCUCAUUCUCGGUAACAAAGCUGGAGAUUUAACAUCAGUAGCUGAAAUCAGCAAAUUCAGGGUAGGGCAGGUCUAUGCAGCAUCAGUGAUGUAUGGUUAUUUUCUUAAGCGAGUUGACCAAAGGUUCCAGUUGGAGAAGACAAUGAAAGUUCUUCCAAAUGCAACAGAAGAAGAGAAUGGUGUUCAUCGAAAUACGAUGGACAAUGCAAGACCCAGUAUUGAACAGGACACUUCUCAAGUGAUGUCUCAUCCUGAAGUAUCUGCCUGGCCUGGUGGUGAUGUCAGUCCCGGUGGAUUUGGCUAUGGUAUAAAGGCAACCAGGUUGCGUAACUAUGUGAUGUCCUUUGAUGGCGAUACACUACAAAGAUAUGCAGCAAUUAGAUCCAAAGAGGCUGUCAGCAUCAUCGAGAAGCACACAGAGGCAUUGUUUGGAAGACCUGAAAUUGUUGUAACACCUGAGGGGGCAGUCUCUAAGGAUGAAAACAUCAAAAUUAGCUUUGGUGGUUUAAAGAAGCUUGUUUUAGAGGCUGUGACUUUUGGUUCUUUUCUCUGGGAUGUUGAGAGCUACGUGGACUCAAGGUACCAUUUUGUGUUUAACUGAGUAAAGCUUUGUAUGUCUAUCUUCUUUAGAGACCACAGGUGGGAGCCUUGUGCAUUCAGUUGUCCUUUUGAUUUCUGUUUGCUCCCAUACAUCACAAGAUACAGUUCAUACUUCAUAGUGUGUUGGUACUGACUGAUGAGUUUAAAGUCCAAAUAUUGUUUCACUAAUUCCUAUGUAUAUACUAUAGUAAUAGUGGCUCUGGAUUUCAUCAAUAAAGGGAAGCUUAUUUUCUAGUUAGAUA